GAGUGAAGCUCCUCCUCCCUCUGUACGCAGAUAUACAGUGAGGACAGCAGUGAGUCAGUCAGAGCAGAGAGACAUGGACAUGGAUCACCUGGUGGUGGUGCUGCUGCUGCUGUGGAGCUCAGGACUCCAGGCUGAAGGAAAACUCAACUCAAGAGAGUCUGUCAGGUUGGUGGGAGGAGACAGUCGCUGUGCAGGAACACUGGAGCUGAAACAUGAAAGAGAAUGGAGACCAGUGGAUGGAUAUUUCUGGACCCUGAAGACAGCAGCAGCUGUCUGCAGAGAGUUAGACUGUGGUUCUGCUGUUUCUGUAAAACAGAGCAAGAAGUCCUCAGAGAGAUCUGUGUGGGGGAUCAGAGCUGACUGUGUCCAGUCUGGAUCUGCUCUCAGGGAGUGUAUAGCACCAUCAGAUUUCACUCCCUUAAUCCUGGAUCUCACCUGUUUAGACUCUGUCAGGCUGGUGAAUGGGACCAGUGUGUGCUCAGGCAGACUGGAGCUGAAGUCUGACCAGUCUAACCAGAGCUGGGCCUCAGUGUGUGAAGCUGACUUUGACCAGCAGGAUGCAGAGGUGGUCUGCAGGGAGCUUGGCUGUGGGGCUCCUUCAGUCCUCCAGGGGGCGCUCUAUGGAGAAGGGGAGGCUCCAAUGUGGACCAAAGAGUUCCAGUGUGGAGGAAAUGAGUCUGCUCUCCUGGACUGUAGAAGCACAGGAUCAGAUAGAAACACCUGCUCACCUGGCAGAGCUGUUGGACUCACCUGCUCAGAGCCUGUCAGGUUGGUGGGAGGAGACAGCCGCUGUGCAGGAACACUGGAGCUGAAACAUGAAGGAGACUGGAGACCAGUGGAUAAAUAUUAUUCUGACUGGACCCUGAAGACAGCAGCAGCUGCCUGCAGAGACUUAGACUGUGGUUCUGCUGUUUCUCUAGAAGAGAGAUGGGAGUCCCCAGGCAGAUCUGUGUGGGGGAUCAGCUCUGACUGUGUCGAGUCUGGAUCUGCUCUGAGGGACUGUGCAUCUUCAUCUUCCUCUCGGUCUAUCCUGGAUCUCAACUGUUCAGACCUGCUGCUUCAGCCCAACAUCUCCUGGUCCUCCUCCAUGGACCCAUGAGGCCCAGCAGCAGCAUCAGGAGGAGUUUCGGGUUUUCAGAGGCUCCACCUUCACCAUCAGCUGCUCCAUCCAGCCUAAGUACCCAGGAGGCUCCUUCCAGCUCUCUUUCACCUCCUCCACCUCAGAAAUCAACUACACCCAGCCAGCUGUCAAUCACUCUGCUGACUUCCUGUUUCCUGCUGCAGAGCCCGCCCACCAAGGAAGCUACAGCUGUGUUUAUCACGUCCAUGUUUUCUCUCAUUACUUCUCCUCUGAGAGCCGUCAGCUCUCUGUCUCUGUUGUAGGUGUUAGGGAUUAAUAAUAAAAAAAAAAUCACAUUAUGACUUUUAGCAAGAAUGCUGCCUAGAAAAGUAUUUGGCUAAGUAUAAAACACAUUUAUAUGCCAGGCACAGCACACAGAAAUAAGGAGUAUCAAAAGAAAGGACAUACUGAUAACGCUUUGCACAUCGCCACAUAAUUUGAGGGCAAGCAGAUAAAAAACUGAUGCACUCCUUGUGCUCCAAUUCAAGGCCAGGGGCCCAGGUGGAGAUAGACACUGACGAACACUAGACAAGAUACAGAAGUGUGCUGUUAGCUUUUUUCCUUUCACAGGGCGGUGACCAGAAGCUGAAGCACCAAGAGGCUAGGACUAGCCUGCGUGCCAACGUAAUGGGCGGGCUGAGUCUAAACCAUGGCGCUGCCCCAACAGUUUUUGACCAAUCAGAUAGUCGCAUAUUCAUAUUAUAAAACUCUAUGAAAAAGUAAGUUAGGCAUCCUUUUCUGGGAGGUGGUUCCAGCUGACUGCUUAGCAGCCUGUGAUUUCUGAACAGAGAAGGUCCAUGUAAAUGCUCACUCUUUCAUUACUGUCUUAAAUAAAUAGUCAAAAGGA